AUGAUUGCGAGAAAUAUGGACGAAUUUCUGAAUGGCGGCGAAAUUGUAGACGAUCCUUUUUUGCCAAUCGUUGAUGGAAAACUAUGCGUUUGUUGUGAAAAAGGAAACGCUGAAUGGAUGGAAGGAACUACUUAUGAUUUUGAUGAUUAUCUAAUGAAUUUCAGCAUUUCGCAUAGAAAUGAUUGGAUUGAUUUGAUAUCGUCGAAUAAUGGAAAUAAUGAUGGCAUAGAAGUGGAUGCUCAGGAUUUUUUUUGCAAAACAUUUAUUUUGCGUCCAGAAAAUUUGAAAUUUGAAAUCUAUUUGAAUGAUAAAGAUUCACUAUUGCCCAUAGAUUUAGAUGGACCACGCAAACGCUAUCAACGCUUUCGUGCAAAGAGAUUUAUUUGCGACCAUUGCGACAGAUCAUUUACUCUUAAGCAAAAUAUACAAUAUCAUAUUGUGAAUUACCACUUGAAAAACCAAAAUAUACGAUUAAAACGAGGGCGCCGCUAUGUUUGUCGUGUCUGCCAAAAGAUGUUUAAAAGUGGCGAUUUAGCUCGGAAGCAUCAUGAACGAAAGCAUGUUCAGUUACCAGCAAUUUCUAUUCAUCGUUGCUCUACAUGGUCAGAUACACUUCAUGCGGCAUCCUCGUCUCCCGAUGCGCAUGAUGCUUCGAACCCGGUGGUACAUGCGAUAAGUAUAUAA